UGGCUAUGGUACAAUGCCAGGUAACUUUUAUCAGAACCAAUCAGAGGUACGAAACGUGUAUGUACGAAUUUGAAGUCCACGCGGAUCGCGUCAAUUACGUGAAUUGAGAUAUAAAGGGUCACCUAAAGGCUUGACUCGGUAUUUAGUAGUUCGUGUUCCUAAACGUGCAUUAUUGAUUCCUACGCUGUAUAGCAGAAGUUUGGCAGGCAGUGCUGGGAGCUGAGGAAUCGGUAGAUGUCAGCCAGUAUUGACUUGCUUCUGGUCGGAGAUGGCACAAAUGAGAUUUCUACUUAUUGUGGUCUUUGCACUGGCUUGCUCAGCAUCACAUGAUCCACAUAUUCUGCGAUGUUUGGUGUGUCAAAAGCUAGUUGAGGAAAUCGAAUUUGAAGUGCAAAAAGUAGACCCACGGAAGAAGGUCGAUGUGGGCAGCUACAGAAUUGAUGCGAAUGGAAAUCAGGAUCAGAGAGCAGUACCAUAUGCACGAUCUGAACUCCAUCUGACUGAAGUACUUGAAACAAUAUGUAACAAAAUGGAUGAUUAUGUUAGAGCCACCUACAAAUCAUCUGGAGAAUUGACUGUACUUAAACUUAUAACAAAUGAUGGCAAACUGAACGAAGACAUGGGCAAAGUUGAUGUUAUUCAAGAUUCUGAUUUAAACAGAAGCCUUAAAUUUUAUUGUGAAGGCAUCGUGGAGGAAAAUGAAGAAGCUAUUGUGCGCCUGUUCAGUCAAAAGGAAGAUGAUAUAGACAUAAAGUUGUGUACUGAAUCUGCGAAACUGUGUUCAAUAACUUUAGAAAAGGAACAAGAAUUAUCUGAAAAUGAUGAAUUAUGACGUGUGCCCUUAAUGGGUUGACGUCCCUGUUUCUAAAGAAGAGAACUGGGAAAAGACUUGACAUUUAGGCUCCUUUUGAGUUUUUAUGAAGAACUAUUCCAUGUACAGUAAUUAUUUAUGUAACUGACUGGUUGUUGUAGAUAUUGAGAUAAUACAGUAAUUCUGGUUUUUA